AUGGGUAGCAAAGAAGUAUGGGGUAGUCAUCUCGCUCCGAUCACCACCGACAAGCACUUGUCAGAUCUGCGGCAGAAACACGGAGUUCCUCCCAUGGUGGACAUGAUUCUCUCGCCUGGGUCCCCGUACUCUCCAGAAACCGUCCCGGAAGGGUUUUGCUGUGCGUACACCACGUAUUUUGAACGAUGCGGACUCGUUUUCCCAAUACCGGGAAUCAUCUUCCUCGUACUCCGCCGCCUCCGCAUGGCCUUCCCGCAAAUGUGUCCCAACUUUGUCCGCCAUGUGAUUGGACUAUUCGUUCGGGCGCAGGAGGAAGGACUCGUACUCGGAGUCGAUGGAAUCUUACAGAUGUGUUAUAUUAAACACAACUCGGGUUAUAAGGGAACGUAUUACCUAUCCCGCAGGCCCGACCGUGAAAUUCUCCAAGGCAUACCGGGAAGAGAUGACCGGUGGAGGGAAAAAUACUUCUUUUUUCGUGUCACCUCGGCUUCUGUUGGGGCGUUUAACUUCUCGCAAUUGCCUACCCAAUGGGCGAUAAACGUUGAUACCGGAGACUGCCCGUUAACCUCCGAACUUCGAGCUCUAACCGAUCAGUUGCGAAACGGUCGAGUCCGGUGGAACACGUUUACUCGAGCUCGAAUAGUCCAAGCUCUUAACCGUCCGACACCACUAGCCGCGCCAUCUCAACAGCGCAUUUCGAGUUCGUCAUCGACCACCGCUCCAUCGCAAAUGACGAGGAAACCGACUCUCAGGGAAGCUCGCGAGCAAUCCACCGUCUCUAGGCGCGUUCGAGCUGGAGAUGUGGAUGCCGCGCUGGCCUCCGCACUUCGAGGUCUACCCUCAGCCCCAGCAGCUCGCAGCGUCGAAGUCAACCAAGACCUGAUGCCUAGUGCGAACAAAGUCAUCAUGCUUGUCAAUUCGCAGACCAAAAGCUCCGAACUCCCGGCGCCUCAGUCAAAACGGGCGAGGACAGAGACUCGCCCAUCCAGGGACGGUCGGCCCUACGAAAGUCGGGGUAGUUAUCGUCGUGAUCCUCACGGCUCUGGAGCUCGAUUGGAUCAGCUUCCUGAUGAUAAGGCCGCUGAUUCCGGUCAAGGUUCGUCGGCGAGCCGCCCGUUCCAUUGGAAAUUUGCCCAUUCCAAAGAUUCUCCGGCUGUUGAAGACCCUAUAGGGAUGGCGAACCUGUUCCGUCACCUCAAGAGUUUGGGAUGCCCUAUACCUCUGGUUAGGGACCUCGCGGAACGGGACGCUUAUAUUGACGCUAUGUCCGCUCAGGCCCUUGCGCUCGCUGCUCAAAACAAGCUUGUUGCUUUAUAUGAAAGGCGGUUAACUGAUGUUCCUCAAACCGAAGAAUUGGAGAAUACCAAGAAGGUGGUGCAUGAGCUGACGGUAGCUCUUAGGACCUCUCAAACUAGAGAGGUUGAGCUCGAAGAACGGGUUACUGCUUUGAAGAAGGACCUGCUAGCAAUGUCGGCGGUUCGUGCGAAAUUAGUUGCGACUGAAGGCGACCUUACUAACGCCCUUCUUUCUAAGAAUGCGGCCGUUCGAGAGAAAGAUGCUCUUGCCGAGGAGGUCGAGAGGUUGACGGCCCGACUGAAAACGGGGGAAGCAGUUCGCGAUUCCGCUAUUCGUCGUGCCGUUCGUGCAUCGCGAGCUGAAAUGUCCGAAGCAUACCGUCAGGUACUUGAAGGUAUCAAAUCCAAAUGGGAAAAGAAGAAGGCCGAAGCGGCCUGUGACAGUGAACUUGCUGAGACCGUUUCUAAUUUGCUGCUUCUUGAGCAAAUUGAGAAGGGAAGGGCGACCGUGGAAGGAGAGAAAGAAGUGCUUCGAUCCUAG